AUGCGUGGCCUUUACAUCGGACUGGGUGCCGUUGCCUUGGUGUCCGUCAACGCCAACCAGUACCCCAACUGCGAACACGACAACUGCUACAAUAACCUCAUCGACGACCGCUUCAAGAAUGAGGCCAACGUCUUUUGUGUCGACUUCCUGGAUGGAACCACCACCGCCCUGAGUGCCAUCCCUACAGACUUCGCCAACUGCGACAGUAUCAAGGCCGCCUCGUCUGCCUGCUCCUGUGUCACUUACACCUUAACUCACACCGUUCCCGUCACCACGAGUACUCCUUCCUUUUGGAUCACCAGCACAACGGCCCCUUCCACCACUUACAUCGUCUACUACGUCAUCUACAACAAGCACUUCUUCCACUGCCAGCAGCACCACAUACUCAAGCAGCAGUACAUCAUCUACAACCUCUAUGACAAAGAGCAUUUCUCCACCCAUACUCUCUUCAAGUGGCACGUCGACUACCACAACCUCCAUUUCUUUAGUAACAAGCACCUCAUCAACUGCCACCAGCAGCACAUUGUUUACUACCUCCAAGACAAGCACUUCACCCGUCAUCAGCAGCGCCAGCGACUCAAGCACCACAGCAACCACUUCCAUUUCUCUUACCUCGGCAACGAGCACUUCUGCGGCUUCUUUGACGAGCACUUCUGCGGCUUCUUUGACGAGCACUCCCGUAACUUCUGUGAUCAGCAUUCCCGUGGUUUCUGA